GUAACAUUGUAAUACACACAUACAAAUACACCCUUAUCUCUCUCUCUCUCUCUCUCUCUCUCUCUCUCUCGCACAUAGGAAUGGGAAAGGAAAUGGUAAUUUCUUGGCAUAACUCAAUCUCCUUACAGACUGAAGCAGAGGUUCCAGUUUUGCCUGAGACGGUUAUUGGGACAAGAGGUUUGCGCAAAAAGAUCGUCCGGAAAGGAAUUUCAUGGCAAACUCCGGUCUCAGGUGACGAAGUUGAAGUCCAUUACAAUGUGAAACUACAAGAGGGGGAGUAUUUUGAUUCAACUCGAGAAAAGGGAGCUCCUUUCAGGUUCAAAUUAGGACAGUGUGAAGUCAUAGAAGGAUGGGAUGAGGGCAUUGCUACUAUGAGAAAAGGUGAAAGAGCAGUUUUCACAAUCCCACCAGAAUUGGCCUAUGGGAAAACUGGCUCUCCUCCUAUUAUUCCUCCAAACGCGACUCUCAUUUUCGACAUUGAGCUGAUAUCAUGGUGCCCCGUCAGAGAUAUUUGUGGGGACGGAGGAAUACUGAAGAAGAUAACACGGGAAGGAGAGGGAUGGGCUACUCCCAAUGAUGCCGAUGAAGUUUUAGUCAAGUACAUAGCCAAGAACGAGAAUGGAGUUGUCAUCUCUAAGUCUGAGGAAGGCCUGGAGUUCUCUUUGACAAACGGCCAUCUCUGUCCUGCAAUGAGCAGAGCUGUGAAAACCAUGAGGAAGGGAGAGAAAGCCGAGCUAUGCGUUAAGUUCUCUUAUGGCCUUAGGCAUUGCGGAGACGGCAUUUUCCCACCAUAUCCGGAUUUGAUCAUUCAUCUUGAACUUGUAUCGUGGAAAACGGUAGUUGACGUCAGAGGAGACAACAAAAUCCUAAAGAAAAUAAUGAAUAAGGGAGAAGCAUUUGAUCGUCCUAACGAAGGGUCCAUCGCAAAAGUGGUGUACGUCGGUAAGCUAGAAGAUGGUACGGUUUUUGAAAGGCGAGGAUCCGAGGAAGAACCCUUUGAGUACAUGUGUGCAGAAGAACAAAUCCAUGAGGGUUUGGACAGGGCAGUUAUGACCAUGAGGAAAGGAGAAGAAGCUGUAGUGAAGAUCAGUUCUGAGUUCUUGAAUGCCCCUAAAGAUGAGAGAUUGAGUUCUGCUUCCUCAGUUCUUUAUGACAUCAAACUGAUCGACUUCGUCAAGGAGAAGCCCUUUUGGAAAAUGGAUGCCCAAGAACGAAUAACGGCAUGCGAAGCAAAGAAGCUUGAGGGAAACAUACUCUUCAAAGCUGGGAAAUUUCAACUGGCCUCUAAGAAGUAUGAGAAGGCUUCAAAAUACGUCGAGUACAGCCAUUCCUUGAGCUACGAUGAAAAACACAAGGCAAACACACUGCGGUUGGCGUGUUAUUUGAAUGAUGCUGCAUGCAAACUAAAACUCGGAGAAGAUCAAGAGGCCUCAAGACUCUGCACUAAGGUACUGCAACUAGAUCCGUGUAACGUGAAAGCACUCUUCAGACGAGCGCAAGCGUAUAUGAGAACAUCAGAUCUGGAGAAAGCUGAGGAAGAUAUUAACAGGGCUUUAGGCAUUGACCCGAACAACAAAGACUUGAAGAUCAAACUCAAGGAGUUGAGAGACAAACAGAAGCAAUAUGUGAAACAGGAAGCCAAGAUUUUCAGCACCAUGGUUUCAAGGAUAGCUUGACCUAAUUACUGUUAACACAUGUGGAACAUGGAAAAUUAUUACACAAACUUACCAAGCGAUCGGUCACUUUCUUUGUGCAGUAAUCACACGGCAAGUGUAUUGCACUUGUCAGAUAAUCAGUUCAAAUUCGAUCAAACUCAAUCUGGGUUAUAAUUUCCCAUGAACAUACACUAUGGUGGAUCUUUCUUGUUGUUUAUUUUCCAAGGGUCGAUUUGGGCUGGCUGUUGCAUAAUUGAUUAUGGGAUAAUUGAUUUUGGAACACUUGAUUUUAGGAA